AUGUGUUUCCGAGGGACUUCCCAGGCGCGUUCAAUUUUUUGUUUAAAAACCAGCUUCAUUUCAUAAUUCUUAUUUAAUUAUAUCUUUGACCACGAGCUAAAACGAUCUCGAAUAUCAUGGAAUCAAAAAAUUUUUUAACUCUUACAGUAUACGUUUUGAUUUUAUUCGUGUCGAUCGAAAAUAUAUUUACGUUAUCAAUUUCCUGUAUCAACUUUGAAAAUAAAACUGGUACAGAGAUUCCUAAUAUCGUGAGCAGAAAGGAAUGGCAAGCUAGACCACCGAUUGCCCGAGAGUUAAUGGACAAAACGCCAAAACCUUACGUGGUCAUUCAUCACGGAGGGAUAACUCACUACUGUUACGAUGUGAAAACGUGCUCAGCGAUCGUGAGAGAAUACCAAAACUUGCAUUUGGACGAACGAGGCUGGUACGACAUUGGUUAUAGUUUCGUUAUAGGCGAAGAUGGAAAUGCUUACGAGGGUCGAGGCUGGGAUUACGUUGGAGCUCAUGCACCUGGUUAUAACACGCAGAGCAUUGGAAUAUGCAUCAUCGGUGACUUCAGUAAUAGACUUCCCAACAAUGCAGCUCUGAAGACAUUAGAAGCUUUGAUCAAAUACGGAGUGUCCCUUGGCAAAAUCAGUCAAGAUUACCAUAUUAUAGGACAUCGACAAACUAAAAAUACUCUUUGUCCAGGCGAUAAAUUUUACGAAUACGUUCAAAAGUUAGCACGAUGGACGGCUAGACCAGUACCAAAAAAUUCGACAACAUCAUGAUCAUGUAAAUGACAAUUGUUGGAGAAAUGAAAAUAUAUCGAUGAAUAAUGAUAAAGCUUAAUAUAUUUUACAAUAUAAUAUAAAUAAUAUAUAUAUAAUAUUAUAUAUAAUAUAUAAUAUCAAACAAUAAACAAUAGAUAAUAUAUUGAAAUACUUAUAAAUAAUAAUUAUAAUAAUUAAAAUUACAAACUUAAUUGCAAUUUAACAAUAAAUAGAAAGAUUAAAAAAUUGUCUUUAUUAUGUUAAGGAAAUUUACAGUAUUUAUAUCGUAUUGAUAAAAAAAUACAAUUAGCGAUAAUUAAAUAUAAAAAUUAGUUGCAAUUUA